CCCGCUUGACCGUGUGGAGAAUUGCAAUUGCCGGGAGGGGGGCUGAUCUCAUUUCUUAUAAGGACAUGUGUCCGCUGUUCUCGUAGCCUGUAGCCUGUAGAUCAUCCCGGCAUGUCCAAGUACGACGUCGACCCGGCUGUCACCGCUGACAACCACCCACCGCAACCUGUCAACGCUCCCAGAUCAUGGCCGGCGAACCCAAUCACCCUCUUGGCUAAACCCACAAAGGCCCAGUACUUGACUUUCCUCGCCUCGUGGUUGGCCUGGACUGCCGAUGCUUUCGAUUUCUUCGCCGUGUCACUCAAUGUCUCUUCGAUCGCAAAGACGUUCAACAAGUCCAACUCUGAUAUCACGCUUGCCAUCACUUUGACCUUGUUGUUCCGUUCCGUCGGUGCCAUCAUCUUCGGUCUCGCCGGAGACAGGUGGGGCCGCAAAUGGCCCAUGGUCGUCGACAUCGUGUUGUUCGGCCUCCUUUCCAUGGCCACCGGUUUCUGCAAAUCCUUCUCCGCAUUCCUCGCAAUCCGCUCCCUCUACGGAAUCGCUCUCGGCGGAAUCUACGGCUGUGCCGCCUCCGUCGCCCUCGAGAACCUCCCACACGAAUGCCGUGGUUUGUUUUCCGGAAUUCUUCAACAAGGCUACGCAAUGGGAUACCUCAUCGCCGCCGCCCUCAACCUCGCUAUCGUGGAUAACUCCCCCCACGGCUGGCGCGCAAUCUUCUGGUUCUCCAUCGGUCCUGCUAUUUUGGUGGCCAUCUUCCGCGCCUGGCUCCCCGACGAAGACAAGAUCAAGCGCGACAAGCUUGUCGAGAUGGGCGCACACAUCCCAACCUCCGAAGAACGCGGAAAAGCCUUCUCCGCCGAACUCAAAUACGUCUUCAAGAACCACUGGAUCCGUCUCAUCCACGCCGUCCUCCUCAUGGCCGGAUUCAACUUCAUGUCCCACGGUACCCAAGACCUUUACCCCACCUUCCUCAAAGUCCAACUUGGGUACUCCCCCGAUAUCGUCACCGCCGUCACAUGCAUCUUCAACUUCGGGGCUAUCGUCGGUGGCACCUUUGCAGGAUACUACUCCCAAGCCUUCGGACGUCGUCUCACCAUCAUCGUUCUCUGUGUCUGCGGAGGCGCACUCAUCCCCCUCUGGUUCCUCCCCAAAGACUGGCGCGUCCUCGCCGUCGGGGCAUUCUGGCUCCAAUUCUGUGUUCAGGGUGCAUGGGGCGUCAUCCCCGUCCACCUCAACGAGAUCUCACCCUCCUUCUCCCUCCGUGCCGCGUUCGUGGGUAUCUCCUACCAACUCGGUAACGCCGCUUCCUCCGCCUCCUCAACCAUCGAGGCCCGUCUCGGCGAGCACAUCCAAACCACCCUCAACGGCAAGGCCGUCCCCAACUACGGUAAAGUCCAGGCUUUGUUCGCUGGGUGUGUUUUUGCGUUUGUGAUUAUCAUGACGGCGAUUUCUCCUGAAUACCGCGGUGCUGCGUUCGAGAAUACCGUCAAUAUUAGGGAUGAGGCAAAGGUUGCUGGUGCGGGUGGUGAGAAUAGCUUGAAGGAUGGUGAUGUUGAAAUGGCUUCUAUUGGGAAGAUGGAGAUGGCACAUGUUGAGAGGAUGAACUCGAGGGAGUAGUUUGAUGUGUGAUGUACGAUUAAUCUGGACGGAUGGAUAUCUUGCUAGUACUAGGUCUU